GAUAAAUAAAUUACUACCAACACUUAAACGCUAUUAUAAGACUAAGUCAUCCCUGUGCCGUUAAUUAGUAUUCUUCUCUAUCCUCAAUAAAUUCCGUCUCCACCCAACCCAGAAAUCUUCAUCGGAGGGGUACAUACAUAGACUAGACCUCGUCCCAAUGACGACAGCGGCAUCAACCCCGGCCGAGACGGCGGGGUCCUCCCGGCCCUGCAACCGGUGCAAGGACCACGAAGGCACCAUCGACUUGCGGGGUGCCGAGUCCGUGUGCAAAACAUGCUUCGCAUACUACGUCUCCAGCAAAGCCAUCAAGCGCCUCGAGGCCCUGCAGCGCGAAACCGCCGCGCCUAGGUCUACCAAGGGCCCUAGGCGGCCGCAGCGGUACCUAGUCGGGUUGUCGUGCGGGCCGUCGUCGACGGCGUUGCUGCACGUUUUAACGGAGAAUGUGCGGCAGCAGCGUGAUAGGGGGCAGAAGACGUCGCGGUUUGAGUAUUUUGCUGUGCAUGUUGUCGACGAUACUAUUCCUUCUUCUGUAAGGGGGGGAGGAAGAGAUGGGGAUGGAGAAGAAGAUCCCUAUAUCGCCGCCUUCCGCACCCGCUUCCCAGACGCAAACCUGCAGACCGUGCCCCUGAGCUCCGCGCUCGAUUUACCUUCUAUCGACUGGACCUCCCUCCCUACUCCUCCCACACCCACCACCCCCUCCCCCUCCCACCGCCUCUCCCAAAUCCUCCAAUCCCUCCCCUCCACAACCUCCCGCGCCGACAUCCACCGCCUCCUAAUCCGCCACGUCCUCCUCGCCGCCUCCAGCGCCCGAAGCUGCGACGCGCUCCUCCUCGGCCACAGCACCACCUCCCUCGCCGAGCUGACCCUCUCCGAGACGGCCAAAGGUCGGGGUUUCUCCUUACCAUGGCUCGUCAACGACGGCGCGGUCCCGGUCCCUUCUAGUCUGAACCACGGGUUCCCCGAAGGUUUCCCCAGCGAUAGUAACAACAACAACAACAACAACAACAUUGCUACCACCAACGGCAUUCCGACCGAGACCGCCGGACACCUCCCGAUCUACAGCCCGCUGCGCGAGCUGUUCCGCAAGGAACUCGUGCUGUAUCUCUCGCAGACGUCGCCGGCGCUUAUCGGUCUUUUACCGCCGGGUGAAGCGGCUAGGAUUAACAGUGCUGCUGCUAACGGGAGCGGGGGUGUAGGCGCGGUAGUUUCGCACCGAGACCUAAGUAUCGACGACGUGCUAGGGCGGUAUUUCAGCGAAGUCGAAGCUAGUUACCCUUCCGUCGUCGCGAACGUCGUACGCACGACAGGGAAAUUAUUGCGGCGGCCUGUGGAUACUGAUCAUAGUCACGACCACGAGGGGAAUAUUACAAGUAGUAAUGCUAAUAACGGGCGAACUAACUGCGGUCUCUGCGGCGCACCAGUCGACGAACUAGGCGACGAGCGCUGGCGGGGUGAAAUCGGCGACGACGAGGACGAGAACAGGAACAGAGCGGAGACUAGACGGAAGCUAUGCUACGGAUGCCAACGGUCUAUACGUGGAUAGAAUAUAGCUAGCUUACCUCCAUAUAUCUCGGCACUUCCCUGCCUUCACCUUGACAAGCAAUAAGAAAAACCGGUGGCUAAAAGCAAGCCUAUGAAUGACAAAAUCUUUCUUUCUUCUACAUACUCCGCUUCCAGUAGAAAAAUACCAGUAGUAAAUC